AUGGACGCAAAUGGCAUUGAGUUUCGGGAGGUCGAAGGUCGUGGUCGCGCUGUCAUCGCGAAGAGGGACUUCCAGCCGGGAAUCCUCUUGUUUGAGGAGCCAGCGCUCGUGUUCGUGAAGACAUGGAUGAUCCUGACUGGCGUCAUUGUUUUUCGCCGGGACAAGGUGGAACACAAGUACGAAGCCCUGCUGUCAGAAGAGAAGUCCCAAUACAGGUCUCUUUAUCCAGUUUGUGAGGAGCCUCACACGGAGAGACACGGUGAGAGACACGGUGAGAGCACAGAGAGUGGAGGCCAGCUGAGGAACAGAGGCAGGACCCCAGAGGCCAGUCCCAGCCCUGCCUCACCAACCCCCUUAACUUCCCAGCAGCACCUGCAGAUCUGGGAUAACUGUGGGUUUCACUAUUGCGACUCCCUCGAUGACCAGCGCAACCAGAUACUCCAUGUUGUUGUCUGCCCGGCACUGCUCAGCGCCAUCACCGGCUGCGCGUACGCGUACCGCUUCCAGGCGCAGUACGUCAAGUCAGUGCUUGCUGCAGGCGUGCUAUUCUUCGCCAUUGUUGGCCCUGUGUGCUAUCGGCUGUUUUACUUUGGCUCACAGGCGAUUUUCGUGAAGGCAUCAAGACUGAACCACAGUUGCCAGCCGAACGCUGAGUGGCAAGUCGAUGCUGUUGGGGAAGCGAAGCACGCACCCACCCUGUCGCUGCGCACGAAGCAGCGUGUGAAGAAAGGGGAGGAGCUGACGAUCGAUUACAUCCGGGAGCUCCCAGACCUGAAGCAAAGUGAACGUCGAAAGCUGCUGCAACAAGACUACGGGUUCCUCUGCACCUGCACCCGCUGCACCCGCUGUAUCUCGGAUGACGUUGAAGAGCUGGAGGCCGAGGAGAGAUAA